UAAUGAAUUUCUUGGUUCAGUUCGGAUGAGACCAGAAAUUAUUCAGUACAAAUUCUCGACUUGGCCCAAGCUGUCCUCUUUCACCCCUUUUAAAAUAUGACUCAAGGUGUGCCACCAGCCAGUAGCCAAUCACAGGACAGAACCAGGAGAUCAGCGUCGUCACAAAACAGAGGGCCAGGCACUGCACGUGGCAAUGUCGGAACCACCGGCUCCACCCCCGGAAGCUCGACCGGAGGAAGUCAAGGGUCAACCGGGCCGUUGAUGGUGGGACCGAAUUAUAGAGUGGGAAAGAAAAUAGGCUGUGGUAAUUUUGGCGAGCUGAGAAUAGGCAUGAAUAUGUACACGAAAGAGAUAGUUGCAAUAAAGUUGGAGCCGAUGAAGUCUAGAGCGCCUCAGCUUCAUUUGGAAUACAGGUACUACAAACAACUUGGGAUCCACGAAGGAGUGCCACAGGUGUUUUAUUUCGGACCCUGCAACAAGUACAACGCAAUGGUGCUAGAACUGCUGGGCAAGUCGCUGGAGGAUCUGUUUGACCUCUGUCAUCGAAGGUUCUCUCUCAAAACAGUCAUAAUGAUUGCAAUCCAGUUAAUUUCCAGAAUACAGUAUCUCCAUGAGAAACAUCUAAUCUACCGCGACAUAAAGCCAGAGAACUUUUUGAUCGGCCGCAAAAGCACCCAGAAGGAAAACUUGAUUCACAUAAUAGACUUCGGUCUGGCCAAAGAGUACAUUGAUCCGGAGACCAACAAACAUAUUCCCUACAGAGAGCACAAGAGUCUCACGGGAACAGCUAGAUACAUGAGUAUCAAUACACACUUGGGAAAGGAGCAAAGUCGUCGCGAUGACUUGGAAGCGUUAGGUCAUAUGUUGCUGUAUUUUCUUCGAGGAUCUUUACCCUGGCAAGGAUUGAAAGCAGAGACACUUAAGGAACGCUACCAUAAAAUCGGAGAGACGAAGCGAAACACUCCCAUUGAUGUCCUGUGCGAAAAUCAAUGCGAGGAGUUUGCGACUUAUUUGAGGUACGUUAGAAAGUUGGACUUCUUCGAGACUCCGGACUACCAGUAUUUGAUCAAACUGUUCCAAGGCUUGUACAAGCGCCAGGGAUACGAAGAUGACUCUGUUUUCGACUGGAGCGAGAUUCCGAUUCCUUCGCCAUCAGCGUCCAUGGAAAGCAUCUCUGGAAUGAUUAUUCCUCAAGGAGCUAGAGAGCGUCACAAUUCACAGUGGCAAAAACCUUCAUCCGGGGCUCAGAAUGCAGGCGGCACUGGUCAAUUAGGGGUGCAUAAUAGACCCUCAUGGGGAGGGGGAGGUCACACGGAUGUUUCGGGUGGGGGAAGACAUAGUACGGGAGACGGAGGAAAUCUGACAUCGCCGGAACGACAUGACUCAGCGACUGUGAACAAUCCUUCCACAAAUCCGAAUUUAGACUACACCGGCUCGGAAAUCAACUGCUGUCUGUUCAAAAUACGAAAGAAAAAGAGCAAACGAAACAGAGGAGCGACCAACUCCCCAGCUCGACGAACAUGAUGAACAAACUCGCAAUGAAAGUGGACAAACAAACAAGUUCAUCGGUGGUAUUUAGUUCACGCUUUUGGACGACGGCAAGAACGAACUUUCUAGAACUUUUCAACGCUCCCUAUCUAACUUAGUUGCCACUUCUUCUUUCUAGUUUUGAGUUGGCAGAAAUGACGUCAACGUUUUGCGCGCCACUAUCUGUCUGUUUAUUAUGCAUCAUACACACCUGCAAUGCAAUACUCAAUAGAUAUCAUUAGUAUUCGUCAAA